GCAUUCGAACAAUAUUCGGACUCUGAUAAAAAUAACAAUUUGAAAUUAAUCAAGAACCAAAAUUUGAACGAAUGUUUGGCUUUAGAGGAUCAUGCACCAAGUAAAGUCGAUGAUAAAAGACCCGAAGAAAAGGGUGGAAAGUUGUUAGAAAAUAAGUUUGGAGUCAACGAUGAAGAAUUGGAAAGGGAGUUGGAAAGUAUAUCAAGACGAAUUGAAGAAGACGUGAAUAGAUGUGUCGAGAGUAAUGGUCAAAACGAUGUGGUUUGUACAGAUACAAGGGUCAAAAAUGUAAUCGAAGUUGAAAAUUUUGAAGAGAUAGAUGUAGAAGUUAGUAAGAACAACGAUAACAUAAUCCAAACGAAUAAGGAAGAAAAAGACUUACCACAAUUAAGCAACAAGCUGGCUCUGAAGUUCGAAUGCACGAAUAAAAUGCCUGAUGCUAAAACUGCGGAAGACGAAUAUAAGUUGUUUAAUACGAAGGCAUAUGAAGAACUACUUGUGGGUUUAAAUAGAUUAGUAAAAUUGAGACCGAAUAAGGUCAAGAGAUAUGAAUUGUACACAAACCACUUUGGCAAUGGCAACUUGAAUGAACUAUGUAAUCCGGAAUGGUGUUGUCGAGACGAUGUGAGAUUAGAAAGCAAUAGAAAAAAGACGUUUGAAUGGAAUUCGAAAGCUGAAGAAGACUGGAUUAGAUUUGAAUUCAACCCCGGAUGA